GAGGCCGUGCUGGCCUUCCGUGCAAAGGUCGGUGAGAUCCAGAUGGCGGGCAUAGGUUCCUCGCAGAAGAUCGAGGCGGCCGAGAAGGAGCCGACCAAGCAGCAGGCGGCCAUCCGCCAGCAGAACGUUGACGAGGCCAAGAAGUACAGGGAGCAGGCGGAGGAGCUCCAGAAGCAUAUGCUCCAGCAGAUGGGCCAGCUCCCAGCCUCCGCAGGCAGCUCCAGAGGAAGCGCAGAGCUGAUGCUGACGGGCAUGCGGCGCCUG